AAAAUAUCAGCCAUCUUGCUUGUUGGCUUUUAGCAAAGAUGUCCUACUUUUUAAAUGCAAUUCGAGCCGAGCUAAAUGCUGUUAAAGUUGCUGGUGGCUGGAAGGCUUCAUUUUACAGGAUUCUACGAGAGACAAAUCUUCGUACAGGAACUCUGAUUGGAACAGACAAAUAUGGAAAUAAGUACUUCGAAAAUAACACGUACUUCAUGGGAAGAAAUCGUUUUGUUGUUUACCCUUACGUGGAUCGUUACACCUUCGAUGCCAGCCAGAUUCCCGCGGAAUGGCAUCGUUGGAUGCACUACAUGACAGAUGACCCUCCCACGAAAGUACCCCCAGCGGAAAGGAAGUUUAUUCAGGCUCACGAAACUAACAAAACAGGCACCAAAUUGGAAUACGUUCCUUACAGUACUACCCGGCCAAAGAUCGAGGAGUGGCAGCCCCCUAGGAACAAUUAACUCUCUUGAUUAAUGACUGGUUGGUCCUUUUAAAGUUACAGAAGGUGUGAUCAGAUGUGAAAUGUACUGUGUGGAGAGAUUUCUACGCAAGUUGGAACUUUGUCACAGGUGUAUAACAGUUCUUUUAAAUGAUGACCUAAGGGAACAGUUUGUAAAUUGUAAGUCAUUGUUUGUUCAGCAAGUUUAUAAAUGCGUUGGAAUUUGAAUGUCAA